AGUCGCGUCAAGUCAUGAAGGUGUCUUAGUUUUGGAUAUUUGAAAAUUUUCACUGUCUACAAUAAAGGAAUUUAAUUCUUCCUAAAUUUUCGUAUAAAAGUAAUGGCGAGUGACUCCAGCUCAGCAGUGCUAGACCUGAACGAUGGGGACAUCACAGAGGACAUGGAGGCUCCUAGUGUCACUGAUGAUGCGGUGGAUGGAGCCCCCUUGAUUAUGGAGCAUGGCUAUGAUAUUGCUGUCAAGGUAGAUGCACCAAUGAAGCAGUUGUCAACAUUAGAAACUUUUGUGACGUACCGGGUACGCUGCGUGUGUGCUCGAUGGCCGACUCCAUCAUUUGUUAGAAGACGGUACAAUCAUUUCAAGUUGCUUCACCGAAGGCUGUGUGCGGGUGCUCCGCUACUGGCGCCGCCAGCGCUGCCGCCGCUGCACUCCGCGCGCCAGCAGCUGGACAGAUACCAGCCAGCUUUUGUACAUAUACGUGCGUUGGCAUUGCACGCAUUCUUAGAUCGAGUGGCGAAGCACCCCAUAUUGACACAUAGCGAGGACUUCAGACUGUUUGUUACCACACCUGAUGAAGAAUUUGAUAAGGUAUUCAAGAGUGAAAAUAAUGCAUUAAAUCUUUGGGGUCUUAGUAGUGCUUUGUACGGCAGCGGAGAAUCUAAACCAGCACCUAAUGGAGCUAGAGUACAAGACCCAGAGUUCACAGCAGCAGCGGACUAUUUGCAGUCUUUAGAGCAGAAGCUGACCACACUCUGCUCGCUUACAACUAAAUUGUACAAAGGUUCUGUAGCACUCAGCGGGGAAUUAUCUGGAGGGAAUACAGAUGACUUGCACAACAAGUUAGAACAAGCUUCAGAAGCACUCCGUUCAGAACUCUCCGAUUGGAUACCAAAGACAAGAGCUGAAGUCAAAUCUCUACUCCUCGAGUUGGCUGACAGACAAGUCAACACGCACGCUCAGACCCUGGCUGGCUGGCAGCAGGCACUCAGACUGGCUACAGGGUCUGAUGUCUCCGAGAUCUUCAAAACAGUAUCAAAGACUGCUGUACAGAAUUUAUCAUCGUCAAAAUGCAGAGCAGAUACACCAACAGACAAGGAUUUUGAAGAUCUAGACAAUUAUAGUGUGGAAGUAUCAUCUGAAAAUUCUAUAAGUGAAGUGGUAAAUGAUAGUGUUGUAGGCAAUGUUGAUGUGCAUUUAGAGUCGAGUGCAAGUGUUCAAGUGAAUUCUGAUGAGAAGACUGAAGAGAAAGUUUCCGAUCCGUUGCAAGAUUUCUCCGAAGUGGACUUAUCUUGAGUUUGUGAUACUGUGCUGUUGGAUGUUUUUGAGUUUUAGCUGUCUGAAGAUCUUUUGAAUUGGUGAGUCUAAUUUCAGAAAAUCUGUUUUUUUUCCCCUAAAUUACAAGUAAACAUAGGCUAGUAAUGAGAAGGGAUGUAAUAAUAAAAUUAUAUCUCUCUAAUAAAGUUGAAUAACAAAACAAUCAUUAUUUAGGCAUUUUUGUCUAAAUUAUCAAUUGAAUUUGUAUGAUAUUUGAACACAACUGUGGGUUUCUGAGACAAAAAUCCCCGUUUAAAGUGAU